UGGUCCCCGGAAGUGACAUCACCGCGCUGAUACAUUUACACACUGCAGUGGAAAAAAAAAUUAAAUACGACAACACGGAAGUGGCAAGAUGGCUCCAAGUGGCUUGAAGGUAGUGGUAGGAGAAAAAAUCCUGAAUGGAGUGAUCAAAAGUGUGAAGAAGGAUGGAGAAUGGAAGGUGUUGAUUGUGGACCACAUGAGCAUGCGGAUUCUGUCGUCUUGUUGCAAGAUGUCUGACAUCAUGGCAGAGGGGGUCACAAUUGUGGAGGACAUCAGCAAGCGACGAGAGCCCAUCUCCAGCCUGGAGGCCAUCUAUCUCAUCUCCCCUGUGGAAAAGUCGGUCAAUUCUCUCAUCGAUGACUUCAAGGAAAAGGCCUUUACCUACAAAGCUGCUCACGUUUUCUUCACUGACAUUUGUCCAGACGCCCUUUUCACGAAGAUCGGGAGAUCCAGGGUGGCACGGGCUAUUAAAACCCUGAAGGAGAUCAAUGUCGCCUUCCUGCCGUAUGAGUCCCAGGUGUUCUCAUUAGAUGAUCCCAGCUCCUUCCAUCUGUUCUACGGAAAAGUACCUGCAGAGGAGCGGACCAAGAGGCUGGAGGCGCUGGCCGAGCAGAUCGCCACGCUCUGCGACACGCUGAAGGAGUAUCCCGCCAUCCGCUACCGCCAUGGCCCGGAGGAGAACGCCAAGCUUGCUGAGAUGGUGCACGAUCGACUGAUUGCCCACAAAGCCGAUAAUCCCAGUAUGGGGGAGGGUGUGGACAAAGCUCGCUCUCAGCUCCUGAUCGUCAAUCGUGGGUUUGACCCCGUGUCGCCCAUCCUGCACGAGCUGACCUUCCAGGCCAUGGCCUAUGACCUUUUGGACAUUCAGCAGGACAUCUACAAGUACCAGACAACGGGACUUGGGGAUUCCCUUGAAAAAGAGGUUCUCCUGGAUGAGGAUGAUGAUCUCUGGGUCCAGCUGAGGCACAUGCACAUUGCUGAUGUCACAAAGAAGGUGAUAGAACUUUUACGGAACUUCUGUGAAAGUAAGAGAAUGUCCACUGACAAGGCCAACAUCAAGGACCUCUCUCAGAUGGUCAAGAAGAUGCCUCAGUACCAGAAAGAGCUCAGUCUGUAUUCCACCCAUCUUCACCUAGCUGAGGCCUGCAUGAAGAAGUUCAAAGUCAACGUGGACAAGCUCUGUGAGGUCGAACAGGACUUGGCUAUGGGUACUGACGCUGAGGGUCAACCCAUCAAGGAAGCCAUGACCAGCAUUGUUCCUGUGCUGCUGAACAGCGAGAUCCAUCCGUAUGAUAAAAUCCGCAUCAUUCUGCUCUACAUAUUUCACAAGAAGGGCAUCGGUGAGGAGAAGGUGACCAAGCUCAUCCAGCAUGCCAACGUCCAGCAGGACAGCCACAUCAUCACCAACUUCCAACGGCUGGGCUGCUGCAUAGUCUCUGGGGGGGCUAAUUCUGGGAAAGUGCUACCUGCCAGGAAAGAGCGUUCAGAGAGCACAUACCAGCUCUCCCGAUGGUCACCCAUCAUUAAAGACGUGAUGGAGAAUGCUAUUGAAGACAAGCUGGACAGGAAGCUGUGGCCGUUUAUCUCAGACCCAGCUCCCAUCUCCACCACACAGACUGCCGUCAGCGCGCGAGUCGGAAUCUGGCACAAGAGCAAGCCAGCGGCGGAGUCCCGCAGCGGCCCCCGGCUCAUCGUCUUCGUGAUUGGGGGCGUGACUCUCUCAGAGAUGCGGAGCGCGUACGAGGUCACACGCGCCACCGACGGCAAGUGGGAAGUCCUCAUCGGCUCCACCCACAUCCUCACGCCCACCACCUUCCUGGACGCCAUGAAAAACCUGGACGAACCUUCCCAGUCUUCGUAACCACUCCAACCCCAUCCCCGUCCGUCUGAUGGCUGCGCCCGACCCUGAUGUGUGCAGCUCUGGCUAGCCUACGUUUGUUUUGCUUACCCCAGCACACCAAUCAAACCGUCCCGUGAGCGCCUAUUUCGGAUGCUCCGCCCCCCCCCCCCCCCCGUCGUUCAAGUGAAGUGGAGCUUCGUUCUCCUUCGCCAAUGUCAAUAGUGGCGUCUUCAAACGUUGACUGUCACGUUUCACGGUCACAGACCUGCCAUUUCCCACGCUCAUCGGCAAUUAGCAUUUUCAGUCCUGGCAUUUCCUGUGAUUUUACCAAAAAUUCCAACUCAGUCUGCCAAAGCCCAUCAAAAGGAUGCAAUCAGCACAUUGUUUCUUCCUCCAUUAAAUAUUACAUAUAACACUUGUAAUCUGUGCACUAUAGUCGACAUGCUGUGGGUUACACACAAUCUGUUGUCAACGCUUGCAUAAAUUCCUGCCUGGCUCUGUAGCUAUACUUUGCCAUUUUUAGAGUCUUACGCAUAUUGACACACAUCCUGUACAGUUUAAUGCUAUGGCAGAUUAAUGAUUUCUGUAUUCAGCUGGAUUUGUUCCACUUUUUGCAGUGGAAGCAGGUUUGAUUAUAUCUGUGGCCUAUUGAGGCCCUGUUAUUCCCAUUCUCACUUUCUGAGCAAAUUAUAAAAUAUUCAGAGCAAAGAAUAAAGACAUCAGAUAUUAAGUGAAGGUUUCACUUCUUCGAUUAAGUGGAGCUUUUUAGCAUCUAUUUACUCUGUGUUAGUUGUCUUUAGAAUUAUGCACUUAAAUGGACUAUAUACAGUUUAUAUAAUAUAAUAUAUUUGGUAAGUGGCUGCGGGUCCGUUUAUUUUCUGUUGGUUAAAAAUAAAAAUGCACAUGUAUGUUUCUUGUUGUUUUUGCACUGACCUGUUACAAUGAUCACAAUCGGAACAUGUGGCAUGGAUGAAAGUUGUCAAUGAUAUUGUAAUUGAGUGCAUUGAGUAAAUGAUAUCAGCCUUCGA